AGAAUGCUGUCACCUCAGGAGCAUUUAGAGGGCAUUCAUCAGCAGUUUAUAGCAUCCCAACAAAGGAAAUGGGGUCGAGGAGUGACAACGUCAAAGAUAGCGAAGGAUGCACCUAGAACACCUAAAGACACACAAGGUGGAAUUAGGAGGAUGACAAAGAGAAGACGUCCAAAGCACAAGCCCUUGAAGAAGUCCCCUCCAAUCCUCAACAGUCUCAAGAAACGUUCGCCAAUCAUCCACCUGCCUCCAGCCCUCCACACCCCUUCCCGACCCCAGAAGCGCAUCAAGCUUGCCUCUACCGAGCCCCACCAGGACCAAGUCGUGCCCCUGUCGUCUAUCCUGCACCCCAACUUAACGAUUCCCUACCCAUCAAGCAGGGGGGCAGGAUCGGGGUGCAGCAGGGUGGGGACACAGAUGGUUCCUGUUAGUCCCCGUGGCCAUCAGGAGGAUAUUCAACAGGAGAAUAUGUAUACUGAUGAGAAUGACGGUAAGAUCCAUUGCAAACGAUAG